GACCCCGAGUGAAGUGCUGGUAUUGGGAUCCAUCCGGAGGGGUUUUGACGAUUAGGCGUUAGCACAAGCAGUUGGACGACGCACGAACUCCUCCCAAGCUACUAACCUCCACCAGCUUCUUCUUCUCUGAAUCGAAUACAAAUUAAAUGUCGUCGAUAUAUGUAUCAGAGCCUCCCACGAAGGGUAAGGUUGUACUGCACACCAAUUACGGGCCGCUUGACAUCGAAUUAUGGCCAAAAGAGGCGCCGAAAGCCGUGAGAAAUUUCGUUCAGCUGUGCGUUGAUGGGUACUAUGAUGGCACCAUUUUCCAUCGGAUUAUUAAGUCUUUUAUGGUUCAAGGUGGUGAUCCCACUGGUACUGGCACAGGUGGUGAAAGUAUAUAUGGAGGUCCAUUUGGUGAUGAGUUCCAUUCACGUUUAAGAUUCAGCCACAGGGGUUUAGUUGCUUGCGGAGGCACAUCAAAUUCAAAUGGAAGUCAAUUUUUUAUAACCCUGGACCGUUGUGAUUGGCUUGACAAGAAGCACACUAUAUUUGGCAAGGUCACUGGUGAUUCAUUAUAUAAUUUAUUAAAUUUGGGUGAAAUUGAAACUGAUAAAGAUGACCGACCAGUGGAUUCUCCUCCAAAGAUUCUUUCCAUUGAGGUGUUGUGGAACCCAUUUGAUGAUGUUUUUCCAAGAGCUGCACCUGCAAAAUCUUUGACAUCAACUACCAUGGAAACUAGCAACAAGGACACAAAAAAGAAGGCAACAAAAAAGUUGAACUUGCUGUCAUUUGGAGAAGAAGCAGAAGAAGAAGAGAAAGAACUGGCAGCUGUGAAGACUAAGAUAAAAAGUAGUCAUGAUGUGUUGAAUGAUCCUCGUCUCUUGAAAGAAGAAAAUUCUAGAGAUAAACUGAAUCCAUCCGAAGAGAAAGCAAGAAGAGAUUUGCAAAUGAGUGUUAGAGGAGCUUUAAGCUCCAAGAAAGAAGAGUUACUGAAGGAAUCAGAUGCUGAUUCCGUUGACAAUAGUGAUGAUGAUGAGGCAAACUUUGAUGCACGAAUGCGUCAGCGGAUACUGAAGAAGAAGAAGGAGCUUGGGGAUAUACCAUCCAAGCAAAAAGUACACAAAGAGAGGUCGAUGCCUAGGAGCCAGGAAAAGUCUCCACCAAGAUCAAAAGCUGAAAGCCCUGAUGAUCGGCCCAAAGUGGAUAAGUUGUUUUUGAAGAAAAAAGGAAUUGGAUCAGAAGUAAGAGCUGAACGUACUGCCAAUGCAGAUGCAGACUUGCAGCUUUUGAACGAACAUGAAAGAGAAAGACAGUUACAGAAGCAGAAGAGGCGUAGACGUCAAGGACGUGAAGAAGAUGUGCUAGCCAAACUUGAAAAGUUCAAAUCAUCCAUGUUUACCCAACCUGCUGCUCCUAAUGGGGAAUCCAAGGGUAAAAGUGAUGAAGAUUUGUCUGACUGGACUAAUGUAAAGCUGAAGUUUGCACCUGAUAAGGAUAAUAUGUCUCGUAGGAAUGAUCCAAACGACUAUGUGGUGCAUGACCCUCUUUUAGAGAAAGGAAAAGAAAAAUUCAACAAGAUGCAAGCGAAGCAAAAGAAACGAGAACGAGAAUGGGCUGGUAAUUCUCUUACUUGAUCACAUUCUUGUCCGUGAGUUCUGAAUUUUUCGAGUUCACCCCAACUGUGCGAUAAUACGAUGGUGGUUACUGUUUUGUCGAGUCACAUGGGUUUGUAACUGUUGACCUGUUUAUCCUAGCGGCACAUGUAAAUCUUUCUUUUAGCAGACUUUUAGGGCUUGGGGUCCCUUAUUUUUGACCAUCCUUUGAGCUUAGUUUCAUAUGGAAGAACACACUGUUUACAUAUGCUAUGAGAGAAAAUUUGUUAUUAUCAAUGUUCACAAAGUUAUAAAAUUCGGUUCAUUAAGAUAAAA